AUGCUCGACUCCCUCAUGGGGCGUGACCGCAACGCAUGCGGCAGCAAUCGGAAGGGCGACUACUCCUUCAAGGACGAAGAGGUCUGCAAGUUCUACCUGCUUGACUACUGCCCCCACGAGCUGUUCCCUAACACACGCAGCGAUCUAGGCCCGUGCCCGAAGGAGCAUCGACCGGACCUGAAGGAAGCGUUUGAGAAGGACGAGAAUCAUGACUAUUACAAAGCCCUCUACGAACAAGAAUUCAUGAAGUUUUUGAAGCGGCUGGUGGAUCAGAUGGAGAGCCGCAUCAAGCGCGUGCAGCAGCGGAUCGACGCCAACAACACGGCCGCCGAGCUUGACAAAGACACCACCGAAAAAGUCAAUGCCGUGAAUGCACAGAUUUCUGAACUCCUGAAGAAACAAGACGACGCAGGCGCCAAGGGCGAGAUCGACGUCGCGGAGAAGUUGAACGAAGAAGUGGCGCUCCUGCAGCGCGAAGUUCAGCGGCUGAAAAACCCCCACGCGGACAUUGCGACCAUUCGCGAGAGUCAGCUGAGAGUCUGCGCAGUCUGCGGCGCGCUUCAAAGCGCCGGCGACGCGCUCUGCCGGUACGAGAGCCACGCGAGCGGAAAGCAGCAUCGAGGCUUUGAGAAGAUUCGUUCGUCGCUCGCCAAGCUCGUGGAGACGGAGAGCGAGCGCGAGGCGCUCCUGAACAAGCACCCGCUGCACGCUGGCGGCUCGCGCGGCUACAGCGGCGGCGCCUCCUCGGGGUCGGCUUAUAGUCGGGAGCGGCACAGCGCAGGCGGGUCGGGCGCGAACAGCGUCCCUGUGGCCGACCGCGCGAGCUACCAUGGCGGCGGCGCGGACGAACGCCGGCGCGGUCCCCCCGGCGGCGGUCGCUCGGGGGGGGAGGAGGAGCCUCCUCCUCGGCGUACAGUCGAGAUCGCUACAACGGCGCGAAUGGAUCCAGCCACAGAUACGAAGGCAGCAGGUACAGCGACAGCCACUACAGCCGCGGCGGGCGCGGCGGCGACGAAGACGAGCGCCGGCGUGAGCGCGUCCUCUCCGGAGAGCGUGGCGGCGGCGGCCGCAGGUACUACGACGACCGGCAAAGCGGACGCGGCGAAGGCGCGCGGCCCGGCGGCGGGAUGGCACCGUACGGCGGCAGAGGCGCGUUCCACGAAGACGGCGGAUACCGCAGCAGGUACAGCGACCGCGAGCGUGAGCGCGCGAGAGACCGAGACGGUGGGCGCUACCGGUGGCGAGAGGAGAGCCAUGCGAUGCGCGAGCCGCGCCACGACCGGAAGGAGGAGCCGCACGGCUACGAAGAGAGCUCCUACCGCGGUCGGGACGACGGCCGGCGGGCCUCCAGGGAACGGCGCGACCGCAGAGACUACGGCCGGUACAGCGAAGGCCGCGAGGGUGAAGAGGACUACGAGCGAGAGCGCCGCGACCGCGAGCGGACGCGAAGCAGACAGGCGAACAGGAGCCGUAGCAGCGACGGCGAGCGCCGCCGCGAGAGCGGAGGCGACUCCAGGGAGGGGCGGAAGCGCGAGCGAGGCGAGCGCAGCAGAGAGCGCGACGGGGACCGCGAGCGCAGAGAGGCAGGGCGCGAGGCCGACGACGACAGGCUGGAGCGGGAGAAGAGAAGGCGGUGCGAUGAGGCAGCGGAAGACGGUCAGGACGACCGGCGGAAAGACCGCGGGGGCUACAACGCGGCCUAUCGACGGGACAGUCCGCCCAGAGAGGACUCGCGAAAGAUGGAAAAUGGAGCGGACGACGCGGAGAAACCGCGGUCGCUGCUUCGCGGGGAAGAGCGAGAUGCGGCGCGCGAGAAGGAGAGUAGAAGCGAAGAGAAAGAUGAGAGAGAAAGAGAAAUUGAGAACGGAAGCGAGGAUUGAGGGAACGGCUUCAUGGAGGGUGCACAGCCGCAGGCCGGUAGUCGAUGAUGCGAAAAGGCCAUGGAAACACGAAGGGAGGGAGGAUCUCCAGGAGCAGCAGAAAGCGGACGGUGUGCGGAGGUUGCAAGGCGAAAUGAGAAUCGAGGGAGCGGAGAGAGGGAGAGGGGGCCGCGGCGGAGAAAGAGGACGGUGGACGUGGAAGUCCACAGAAAAAGACAAGACGGAGGCGUGGGGAGUGAGGAGGUUUCCACAUUUUUUGGCGCAUAUUUGUUUGGCUAUCUGGCGAGGGAGGCCGGUGACGCUGCCAUGGUGGCGCGGCGGCCUUAGCCCUUAUGCUUUCCAGCAGCGCGCUCAUCUCAGGGAUGGCACCUUUCCGUUGUCGUCUGAACAGAAUGCCCCUGCAGAGGCCAGGGUUCUCCACGUGCAUGUGCGAGUCAUCUACGUGCGCCGCUGUACGUACAGCUGCGCGUCUAUGUGUAUGUGUGCAUUUCUUUGUUUGCCUGUGUGGUGCGGUGCGACGAUGCCAGCGGGCGUCUCUCUACGCCUAUCCGCGCGCUUUUCGCGGUGCGUUUAG